UGUGUGAGCAGGUCUGCAGUGUCUGUGCUGGAGAAGGUUCAGGAGGAGAUGUCAAAACCCUUCAGUCACAACCGCUUCAGAAAGGAGAACAUCUCCACAACCCUCACCACACACAGCCAGCGGCUCCUGCAGGUCCAGGAGGCCCUAAACACAGCCGAGAGCCACAACAACCACAGCAGACACCUGCUCGACGACAUCCAGACCAACCUACAGACGCUCACAGUCUCAAGGAACAACGUCAGCAGUCUAAACCAGGAAGUAGAAACGCAGGUACAGGAAGCUCAAGACCUGCUGACCGAUGCCCUCAAUAUCGCUGAAGACAUUGGCAAUGGCACGGCUACUCUGGAUGAGACGAGGAAUGAUCUGGAAGGAUGGAGUCCGUCUCUCAGGAAGCACGUGGACGCUUUAGUGAUGGAUAUGACCAAAAGAGACGCCCUACAGCUGGUGUACAGAGCCGAGGAUCACGCGCAAGCUCUCAGCAAACAGGCACAAGCUCUUAACAGUUCUCUGUCUGAGGUCAGGUCUGCAGCAGUAAACGCCACCAGCGCCACUCAAACCAACACCAACCUCAGAGAACGCACACAGCUGGCUGAAGAUCUGGCCCACGCCGCCAAUCAGAGCGCUAGCUCCGCCCUCAAUCUG